AUGCCCAAUCGUUCAGAGUACCAGCCUCUGUCGCAGGGAAUUGACGAGGAAGAGGAGGCAGAUGUUGUGGAGAGCCUCUCUCCGGCGCCGCAGCCCUCCCCACAUCUCCGGCGUCCCGGGAACAUAGACCUGAGCAAGCUGGACACGGCGUUCAAGAGAUGGACCGAGUCUAUUGCUCAGAAGGUAAAGCGGAAAAAGAAGGUCGAACACAACUCCAGGAAGGAGAUCCUGCACAGCGCAUUUGACCCUCCCAUUGUUGCCGUCAAUGUAUAUGACGGACUUGUGAAGACGCUAGACCAUAACCCGCCCAUGACGCAGGCCGACUUCGACAGACUGGUGCAAGCAGUGAAGGACGCUAUUGCCGAGGGCAUACACCCCAAGAUGAUCACCAAGGGCUCGUCAGGGUCUUACUUCGCGCGGGCAAAGGUUGACGGGCGCGUGCAGACGGUGGCCGUUUUUAAGCCUAAGGACGAAGAGCCGUACGGGCGUCUGAACCCGAAGACGACCAAAUGGCUACACAGACAGUUCAAGUGGAUCAUCCCGUUCGGACGAGCUUGCCUUAUUCCUAACUUGAGUUACAUCUCGGAGGCCGCCGCUUCAUUACUAGACGAGCGAUUGGACUUGCAUAUUGUGCCCCGGACACAGCUUGUGUCUCUUUCGAGUCCCGCAUUCUUCUACGACUGGCUAGACCGGCAAGGUGCCAAGAAGGGCAAGGCAUUGCCCGACAAAAUCGGCAGCAUGCAGUAUUUCCUUCACGGUUAUACAGAUGCCUCUGAGUUUCUGCGGAAACACCCGUGGCCCGGACGAGCUAUAUCCGAUACAUUUGAUGACUCUAACCACCGCAAAGGGGGUUUCACGAAGAAAUGCUUGACCACUUUGAAGAUUGUCUGCGGCAGGACCGGAGAAGACGAAGACAUAUCCGAUGAAGAUGACAGAGAAGAAGAGCGAGUACUCUUUGAUGCGACUGAGAGCAGGCAGGGCCAGCCUUUCUAUUGGACACCGGCUUUGCAGGACAAUUUCCGCGAGGAACUCGAGAAACUAGUCAUCCUCGACUUUCUGAUGCUUAAUACGGACCGUGGUGCGGACAACUAUAUGAUUAAGUAUUGCGAUUGUGAUCCUGGCAAGUCGCUGGUCGACGUCGCUCCCUCACGCAUAUCACGUCUUGAAAUGCCUCAGAUGACUGAGCUGCGACGGACGGAUUCUGCCACUAGCUCACCUCAACUUGGAUCUGGUUCGCCUGGAGGACCUUCAUAUUCACAAUCAGGUUACUCAAACCCGCAUUUGCCGUACACUCGCCAGCCGCACAUUCAUAUCGCGGCGAUUGACAACUCUUUGUCAUUCCCCCAUGAGCAUCCCCGCGGCUGGCGUUCAUACACAUAUGGCUGGCUGUACUUACCUGUGACGAUCAUCGGCCGCCCAUUCAGCCAGAAAACACGGGAUCAUUUCUUGCCUCUUCUGACUUCAAAGUCAUGGUGGACAGAGACGACGUAUGAACUACGCAAACUGUUUGCCGUUGAUCCUGACUUCCAUCCAAAAAUGUUCAACAGGCAAUUGGCUGUCAUCAAAGGCCAGGCAUGGAACAUUGUGCAGUCGCUGAAGCAUACCGACGAAGGUCCUCUUGAGUUGACGAGACGUCAGAAGGUCUUGGUGUGGGACGAUGAGGUGGAGGUCACUGACGAGAUGCUUCCACAACUCGCCAACGGUACCCUGCCCUCACCGCAGAAACCUGCGGCCUCGCCGCACGCGUCCAUCAGUACGAUGCCCCUCCCUCGGCAUACAAGGAGUCAUAGCACGUCGGACUUCCCACCUCCUAUGCGUCGAACAUCCUCUGAGUACUCUGGUGUGCCCCGGCCUGUGUCGUUCGCUACCAAAUUCUCUCGGGUUCACCCUGCAACAACCGGUGUGACUGUACUUGAACAUAUGGAACGACUGGAUGCUGUGGAAGCAGGGCUCAAGCGUCUAGGCGUUGAGGACGACGUGAUAGACGAGACAGAGGAGGUUGAUGUCGGUGAAGCGUCUUCCUCUGCCCCAGUGCGGCCAUCGAUCCCAGCAGACGCACCUGAAGAUAUGGUAUCGCCAUCUGCUCGCUCAGAUCAUCUUCCUGCAGUUCCUGAAGAUGCUCUCUCUGCGUCCAUGACGGAGGAAGACCUCAUUGCCAUGUCUAAGUCUACAUCCCAUCUGGAAAUUUCGCCUUCAGGUCGGCACACUCGCUGGCCGAGCUCAGGUGGCCGCCCAGACCGUCCCAGUCUAGACUGGAUGCACAUCGAGUCGGCUGAGAGUCCGAAACCACGGACGGUCAUUGUGGAGCGUCUGCAAACUGUCGACACCAGACCAUUCUUCUCGCGUUGGUAA